AGACAUUUGUGAUAUUUGUUUGGGUUUGCAUGUAACACAAAAAAAAAAAAAAUUCAGAUAAGACCAAGCAGUCAGAAGUAACUGCAUUUCAAUUAAAAAAUUUGCACUUUACUUGAAUUGAAUGCUCCUGUAAAAAAAAAAACGCCAGCAAUUAACCCUUUAAUGCGCAAUUUUUUUUAUUUUUGAAUGAUUUACAUAUACCAUUAUGUGCCACGAUAAAUAGAGAAAAACUCCAUACUCAUAUUUUUUUUUUUGCAUAUUUAUCGAGAAAAUUGGAAAAAAGUCAAAAGAGUCAUAUCGCUGUAGCAAGAAAAAAUUGAAUUUCAUAAAACUAAUGAUACAGAAAGUUAUAUAGAUGUUUUUUGGUCCUAUGAGUCAAGAUUUAACAAUUGAAAAGAAUGUGAAAACUCACAAGAUGAGAGGAAGAAAAAUUUGAAAUUCUGCUAAAAUUUCGCACUUUUUUAUUGCAGUACAUAAAUACAAAUAAAUUUCGAUACAGCUAACAAAUUAUAACGAGUAAGGUAUCAAAUGAAAUCUAAUUCAAUUCCCUACAUUUGUUUUCAAAUAAGCAUGCUAAAAUACCCAGUGGUUUCGUCGAUAUAGUAUUGGCCCUAUCUGAUUACUUUAGGAACCCAUGCGUGAUGAAGGGUUAAUAUGAAUAAUAUGCAUACAUAUGAUUUGACUUGGAAACAGAAGAAGAGAUAGAAACAGAGAGAAAAAAAAAAAUCAACAUAUUAACGCGGCAAUAAAGAAUCUCUCGCUGUGUGAAAAUUAUUCUUCACAUGUGUCUGCUCGUGUGCACUAUCACAAGCGCACUCGUGAACCAAAGGAGAGAAAAAACGAAACAAAACCUCGCGUGUUUCAUCCAAAUGGGAGUGUAUGCGUUAGUUUAGUACAAUUCCCUAUUUUUAAUGUUCGGCUUUCGGCUUUCGGCAAACUGAUUCUGGCUUGUAGCUAUGCAAUGCGACCGAAUGAAGUACACAACUACUUCUGAUUUUAGUACUAAUCAGUUACCAACACAACGCCAAUUUUAUUGAGUGAAUCGUCAUUUCAACGGGGCCGAUCAGAGCGUGUGCGCCAGUGUACGUAUAUCAGAUUGGAACAUAUGUACAUGUGUCUAUGUGAUGAUUGACGUAAUACUCUUUUUUAUGCAUGAAUUCUAGCUGCUUCUUUUUUUGCUUUUCUCUCCAUCUCCUGCUUCUUCUUCUUCUUCUUCGGUUUUUGCUUUUGCUCAUUUUAACAUUUUCUUCUUUGUCGCUACACACAAUAUGAAGCGAAACGUCAACGCAUCGAAGACACAUGUGAAAAAUAUUGAGCAAAGCGGCCAUUUUUUGCAAGCAAGUGGAACGUUUGAAGCAAAGAUUGUGCGGUGAAUUGAAUUUUUGUGUUAUACGUUGUAACGAUAAAGAAUUAACACCCAGUUGAGUUUUAAAGUGGUUUCAAUUCAAUAAACUGCCAUUACAUCCGUAUAUAAUUAAAAAUUAAAAUAGAAAAAUUAAUUGCCAAGAGGAAUUGAAUGCACACACACACUAUAUAUAUACAUAUUUUUUCCUCCUCAACUUUGGUGUUUGUUGUUGGAUUUACUUGGUUUCCUCCAAAUUUAUUGGCAAAAUUCAAUAUAGAAGAUCUUCUUCCUGUAUGUUCAUAUACGUUCACACGCAUACCGACGAAGCGAAAAACGCGUUUAGAACGCACACAACGACACAAGACCCAGAUCUACUAGCACAACGUUUAGGUGUUCGCUUCAUUUGAUAUACACGCAGCCCGUACGGACUACGUGAGGAGAGCUAGAAAGACAUUGCAUUUGUGUGCGUCCACACGAAUACAUUUGAGUAUCUGUGCUAGUGAUACAUAUGAUUAUCGUGCGAUGGCAGUACAGCUGCUUAAUUCAAUACCGACUGUCCAAAUGCGUAUUUAGUUUUUUUCUUCUUCAUCGCUGAGAAUAUACACGGACCAUAUAUCUGCAAAGAAAAAUGCAUUGAAAAAUCCGGAAUUAAGUGACGAAAGCUAUUCUUUCUUUUUAAUUGAAAAAAAAAAAAAAACGAAAAUAUUAACGUAACCAAAAUUAAUAAUUGUUGAGGAAAAGUGAUUGCGGCUACCGAAAAUUUGUCGUUCUGUAUGGUUAAAGAGAAAAAGUUGAGAAUAACGACGAAGAACACAAAGUGAGGCGAAACGUGAUUCGAUUAACUAGUAAAGAAAUUGGCUUUUCACGAAAUGUCAAUAGUUGCAAGUGAAUCAAAUUCAUUGAACAAUUUGUCGGCUUCCACAAAUAAUAGUAUUUCCUUGGCCCAAGCUGAAUGGUACUGGGGAAAUAUUAGCAAAGAUGAAGUUCGAGAAAAGAUGUUGGGUAGCCCGGAUGGGACGUUUUUGGUUCGAGAUGCAUCGAGCAAGUGCGGGGAAUAUACGUUGACACUCAUCAAAGGUGGCAGUGAAAAACUGGUUAAAAUUUCGCAUCAAAAUGGCUUCUAUGGGUUCACCGAGCCGUAUACAUUUCCAUCCGUUGUUGAAUUGAUCAACUACUAUAGGAACGUAUCUCUUAAACAAUACAACAUAAUUUUAGACGUAAAGCUAUUGCAUCCAAUAUCAAAGUUUAAAGAUAAUGAUGAGAACACAAAUAUCACCGAUAUCGAUAAGCUGGCACAAAAAUUUGUGGACACUCACAAAAAUUAUGUAGCGAAAACGCAGGAACUCAAUCAGUUUGUCCAUGAGUACGACAAAACUGAGAGCGAACGAAAUUUGAAACGGCAGGCACACGACGCUUUCCUGGAAGCGGUCGCAAUGUUUGAACACCAAAUCGAUUUGAAGAACUCAUAUCUGAAGCAGGCAGAACCGCACGAAAUCAAUAGUGUAAUGGAAAAUUUUGAUCUAUUGAACGCUCGAUUGGAUUCGUUACGCGACAGUAAAAAACUGCUUGAGGAGGACUUGAACAAACAAAAACAAAUGGUUCUGGCGUUGGAGCGUGAGAUCAACAAUAUUAAGCCGGAACGAUCGGUUUUGGCUCGCAUGAAAGAACGCUAUCAAACCAAUUUAAUGCGACGUGGCGUGAAAGAAGUGAAAAUCAAACAGCUGAUCGAAGAGGGAUAUUCGGCAUGGACAAACAACGAAAACGACAGUGGGCUGUCGCACAAUGAGCAGUCAACAUGGCUUCUACCGAAUGCCACUCGGCAAGAUGCCGAACGCUUUUUGGCCGGUCUACCGACCGGUACGUUUCUCAUACGUCCAAGUUCACACGGUCAUUAUGCAUUGUCGAUAGCCUGUAAUGGUAUUACGAAUCAUUGCAUCAUUUAUGAAACGCCCAAAGGAUUCGGUUUCGCAAUUCCCUACAAUACAUUUUCAUCGCUUUUAUCGUUAGUUAUACAUUAUGCUGAAAGUUCACUGGAGGAACACAACGAUUUACUAAAUACUACGCUAAAAUAUCCUGUAUUCUCAUCGUACAUUAGGAAUUUACAAAAGCAAACUUCAUCGAAACAAGAUGAUUAUGUGGAUGCAUCGCCACCCGUUCGUGAUUCGUAAUUUGUAACAUUUUUUUUUUUUUUUGUAAUUUCGUUAAAUCGUUUUAUUUUUUUUUAUAUACAUAAUAAUAAUAAUUAUAAUGGCAAUACCUAUAUAAGAGAAAGGGCAAUUCUUAUGCCACACCAUACACCAUCCACAUACACGUAAUAUUGAUACACGAAAUCCAGUUGAGUAAAGAAUCAACUGUUAAAUUUGCGAUUCGGUUGUUUGCUUUUCGCUUGCAGCUAUGGUUUGCAAACCGUUUCAUUGAUUCGCAGUUUAUCGGUAGUUCUUUAUGCACAUAACAACAAAACAGGACACACUAACUCAACCCUUAAAAAUACUCAUCCGUCGAUGUCAUUUUUGAGGGCAAUUAUUACCAAUAACAUAUAGUUUCUAUAUGACACAGAAAGAAAACAUGAAAAAAAAAAAACAAAACAUUUAAAAAACGAAGAAAAAUCAAGAAGAAGAAGCCGAUGUUGUAUUCCAAUCGCAAUGGAAUCAUUAUUAUAAUGUAUGUUUCUAUUUUUUAUACGAAUGAAAUAUCUAUCUAUUUGUACAUGUAACAUAACAAACAAUGUAUAAAAGAGAUUUGGCAGGUCCUCAUCGGAUUGAGAACGGCAGUCGCGGGAGCGCAAUCUCUGCUACUGACAAGCUCCAUCAAUCGGCUGGAGACGCGCCAAAUACUUGGAAGUUAGUGUGAUGUAGAAUAUAUGUGUGACAUAUGCAUAUAAUGUUUAAUUACAAGUUAUAAGUCUUGAAAAUUUAUACAAAUAUUGUAAGAUAUUUAAUCAAUUUUUUUUUUUAUACCAAUCAUAAAAAAUGAUAAAGAUUUUUGAAAAUGAGAAAUCAAACUGAAAUUUGAAUGAAGUCAAUAUAUAUUGACAAUGGAUAAUAAAACGAAGAUGGGUGGAACAAUGAUUGCGAUUAAAUGAUGGAUAAAGAGCAAAGAAAUAAACAGCAACAACAAGAAUAACAACAGAAAAA